AUGAGCACUGUGGAAGAGCGCCCAGGUCCGUCACAGCCGUCAGAUUCAGCGACCAAAGACAAGGAAAAAGAUGACAGGAUGUUUGAGUGUAAUAUUUGCUUAGACACCGCUAAAGAUGCGGUUGUCAGUAUGUGUGGACAUUUGUUUUGUUGGCCUUGUCUUCAUCAAUGGCUGGAGACCCGACCCACGAGACAAGUUUGUCCAGUCUGCAAGGCUGCUAUUAGUAAAGAAAAAGUAAUCCCGCUGUACGGGCGAGGUGCCUCGAAACAAGAGGACCCAAGGAAUAACGUUCCACCGAGACCAGUCGGACAGAGAUCAGAACCAGAAGGCAGCUCAGGAUUCUCUGGGUUAGGGUUCGCUGAUGGCGGGUUCCAUAUGUCCUUUGGCAUCGGCGGGUAUCCAUUUGGCUUCUUCAUGUCGACCUUUAACUUUGGCGACAAUCGACCCAAUACUGUUCCCAGAGGAACUCCCCAGCACGAAGAUGAUUUGUUCAUAUCAAAAAUAUUCCUCUGGCUGGCUUUAAUCUUCAUCACAUGGCUACUGAUCGCGUAACCAUGAUGCGAAAUCCA